AUGACAAUCACACCCCCUGGGCUAAACAUUGAAACCAUUACCAACUCACAGUUAACAGCCAACACCUGGAUUACGACAAUAGGUAGUGAUACCAACUCAACGGUCGUUCCUGUACUGGUUGGAUGCCCUGGCUGUGGCGGUGACCGAAGUGGCAUAGUUAUAUGGAACUUACCAGAAAUUACCGGUGUUGAAUUCGACUUCCCGGAUCUUCCAUCUCUUCCAAAAUUUCAGCGUCCUUGCAUUCAGGUCCUCGGUGUUUCGGCUGGGAAUUGUCAGGGACCAGAAACAAACGCAGGAGACGAUGGAGACUCGGAUAAUAAUCCAAGCUCUACUAAAAGAGAUACGAGCACAGAAAGUCAAAGUACUUGUACUAAAACCAAGACUGCAAGCGAUUGUGCCAUUACUUGCACGCCGACUACGGGAGAUCCAUCCAAUUCAUCCAUAACUUGUUUUACGACAGUUUGCUCACAAACAACAAUUGGUUGCGAUGUCACCGGUACGACCAUUACGACAACGUCAACUACUCCAUGCAUUACAGGUCUCACCGGGGUUGGACGCCGGGCAGAUGAUUGUAAAUUAUCAUGUCCAAAUUAUGAUGUCGAUCCGAAGGACGAAAAUAUACCAGACAAGAGAAAUCUUGCAAAGCGGGCAAGUAAAAGAACAAUAGCAAUGUUUGGUAAAUGCAAGCCAACUACACCAAAGGAAACACAAGUGGCUAUACCAACGUAUCCUGCUGGCGUGAAAUUCUGGAAAGAUGACAGAGAUGGUUUCAAGCAACAGGAGGAUGGGCCAGCGAAGGAUGCAAGUAUAUCUGUCCCUCGAUGGUAUUCAACCACAAUAGACGAAUAUGCCUGUACACCUGUUGUCACAAAGGUUGCCGUAGAAGAAUAUAAAAAUGGCGACCAAAGAACGAAUCAACCUCGCGACGGAGCCUCAAUGAAUCAUUCAUGGGAAAAGGGGUGGCUUACGGAAUUCUUCGAGACUACCAUAAGCAAAGAUGCACCGUCCGACACUUCCAAAGUCAACAACGUAGGUGAUGGUAAAUUGACAUGUGACGAGUUUAAUGAAUAUAUUUUCGAUUCCGGCGAGGUAAAUCUGCUUUCCAACAUCUUCAGCGGGCUUCCCUCCGAUAAACCUGGCCAAAUGGAGUUUAUUGGAAUGACAUCUAAUCUGAACGAUUUCUUUAAGGUAUAUUUCUACUAA